CAAAAAUCAAUUUACAUCACAGCUUGUUUUCUCAACAAUGGCUCCUAUUUCUUCUCUGCAUUCUCAUUCCCUUCUCUCUCACCCCUCAUUCUCUCUCUCCAACUCCCCUCAGCAAGACAAUAGGAAGAACAAGAGUACCUGCUGCAAGAGCAAUGUGGUUGAUCAGCAGACUCAAUGCGUGAGCGUUGGAGAUGAAUGUAAGAGGCGAAGGAGAGAGCUUCUGGUGCAGGCGGCGGCUUCUGUGUUUGCCUUUCCUGCAAUUUCUACGGCUGCAUUGGCUGCUGAAAGCGCAUUGCCGGAGGGUUUUCGUGUUUACACUGAUGAGGUGAACAAGUUUAAGAUCACUAUUCCAGAAGAUUGGCAAGUAGGCACGGGAGAAGGAGACGGAGUAAGGGCACUGAUUGCUUUCUAUCCACAGGAGGCCUCCAGUUCAAAUGUGAGCAUUGCGAUUACUAGCCUCGGUGCUGACUUCACCAGACUGGAGUCUUUUGGAAAAGUCGGUGAAUUUGCAGAGACUCUUAUUGGUGGUUUGGACAGAAGCUGGCAGAGGCCUCCCGGAGUUGCAGCCAAACUUAUAGAUAGCAGAGCUUCCAAUGGGCUGUAUUAUAUAGAGUACACAUUGAAAAAUCCUGGAGAAAGUGGGAGACAUUUGUAUUCAGUUCUUGGUGUGGCAAGCAAUGGGAUUUACAACAGAUUAUACACUCUCACAGGACAGUUUGUCGAUGAAGAGGAAGAAAAGUUUGGUCCCAAGAUUCAAAAGGCUGUUUCAUCAUUCAGAUUAAGUUAAUAAAUCAUCCAAGGUGGUACAACAUUGCCAUUAUAUUGUGCUUGGUUGAAGUGUGUAUAGAGGCAUUAGCAAAUGGUUUAGUAUUUGGAGUUUUCUUCAACUAUGAAAUAUAAUCCUUUGUGAAACAUUUGGUUUUAGGCUUUUAGCUUCAGUUGCUACAAUGUGAUUAAAGUAAUUUGAUUUGUGACUGCA